GGUCUAGCCACCGCAAAGCCGGCAGGCUGACGUGCCGGCUGCCCUCUAGGCACGAUGUUCGUCGCUCAGCCGCGGCAGCACGGCUCUUCCUGGGCCCCCGGCCAGAGGGCACGCAGCCAUCCUCCCACCGGGAGAGCUGCGGCCGCCGUCCCGCUGCCCGGACCUCGCGUUCUCCCCCGCAUCCGCUCAGAGGCAAACGCUACUCCGCUCCUCAGCUCGUAAUGCAGGAAGCGGACGCCAAAUAGGAUGGCCCGUGAGGAGCACGGCACGGCUGCCGCAGCGCCCACAGCAGAAAGAGAACCUACCCCGCUCAGCCUCCAAGUGCUCCCACGCCAACGGUCACAACCCGGUCCGGCUGCGCGGACUCACCUGGCCCAGCGGCGCUGCCGGCUCCCAACCGUCCUCGUGGGGGCCCGUCCAGGUUUCCUACCCCCUCCUCCGCCCGCCGGGCUCCGCUGCCCGGGGCCGCCUGACACCGCGAGGCGGGGCAGGAGGAGAGGGGAGGGAGGAAGGAAGGAAGGGCGGGGGCAGCACAGCCGCCAACCGGUUCCAGCUGCCCCCGGCCGGUGCGAGGCGGAGACGACGUCACCACCUGCCGUCACGUCACCACCUGCCGGCACCUGGGAGUGACAAACCAUGGAGAAGGAAGGUGGAGAUCCCAAAGUGAUAACAGAUUGUUUGCUCCCAGACACUGUCCAAGGAGGCUGCUCCCACAUCAGUGCUGCUCCCAGUGGGACCAUGGAGGGAGAAGAGAUGUCACCAAGCCAUCACUCAGAGGAGAGCAGCGUGCUGGACCUACCGUCUGCUUGUGGCCUGCUGGAGCAAUUCCUGCCUCCACCCGGCUCAGAAAACAGCGAGGAGCUUUUUGCUUCUGUGGAUACUUUUCCCUCUCUUUCCACAGGAGAGAACAAUCCACCUUCUGCAACUGCCUUGAGUUUUGUUGCUGGCGGCUGUGAGGAAGCCAUCCUGAGAUGCUCUUCACUCACAGGGCAGCCUGAGCUGGCUGAUCCCAACCACCCUGCUCUCUCUUGGACGUGUGAUGGUGACAGUGCAGAAGACCCCAGCAGCAUGACAGCUCUGGACAACUUCUACAAAACAUACUGCAAGAAGAGGUCAGACAGGAUGGGUCCCACCUAUGAGGCUGCAGCACAGUGUCUGGCACAGAGGCUUUCAGAGCUGGCAAACCAGGAGGGGACAAAAUAUGCCUCACGGUGCCUGCAGAUGGCCCAGGUGGUCUUGAACAGAGAUGGCUGUAAGAUCUUUCCAAACCAGCCCACGGCUGCUUGCUUUGCAAAGCCAGCUGAAGGAGAUACCACGCUGGGAGACAGAAAGAAAACACCUGGGCUCUCAGAUGAUGUCCUGCAACUCCUUUUGAGACAAACGCUGCGAGGACGCAGCCCUGACGCCUCGCAGGACAAGUGAGCAAGACCAUGGCUUGCUCCUGUCACCAGAGCUUUGCUUUCAUUCUGGAGGGAGAUGGCUUUCUUGGGAAGAUGCUGUUCCUCUGAGCACCACCUUCAGCACCACAUAGCCCACGGAGGGGUGCAUCUGGAGCAGCCCUUGCCUGUAUAAGGAGUGUCUGUGGUGCCUAUCUGACUGCCUGGAACGUGUUGGCUGCUGGGGGUGGGUGAUGAUGGGUGAUGGUGAUGCAGUGUCCCUUGCUGGGCUAUCAGACAUGACUCACAGCUACCAAGAUUUGCAGUUCCACUCCAUCCCCCCUACCCAGCUGAAGGAUCUUGUUGCCCAGCCUCUAGUGGCCCAGCUAGAGGGGGAGCUAAGUGUUCUGGGGUAGGUGUUUUGGUGGUAGGAGCUGAAACACCUCAGAGCUUCAAAUCCUGAUGUGAAAUGAGCAGAUGCAGUUCUGGAGAAAUCAUUUGAGGAAGCAUACCACUGGGAUCUUACAGCUCAGUCACCUCUCUGGAGGUCAAGAAGGCUGCAGAGAGACUCACUCAGCACUCUUUGGACCACUCACUGCUCAUUGGGUCUCGGUAAAGCUGUGCUGGAGCCUGCUGUGGUUGCAGCCCCUGCUGGAAGCCAGCCCCUUUGACUUACUGCCUUCAGUAACUUCCCCCCUCCACCUCACCAAGACACAGGCAGAUACAUGCAACUCUCUCCUUUGCCAGGUGUUCCUAGUUGGCAUUUUCACAGAAUCACAGAACAGUUUGGGUUGGAAAAGCCCUUUGAGAUCCUCCAGCCCUACCAUUCUCUAACUCUGCCAAGGUUGGGGCUAAGCCAUGGCCCUCGGCACCACAGCUCUGCCUCUGUCAGACACCUCCAGCCAUGAGCAUUCAACCAUCUCCCUGGGCAGCCUGUGUCAGGCUUUGAAAACCCUUUCAGCCAAGAAGUUUCUUCUAAUCUCCAACCUAAACCUCCCAUGGGACAACAUGAAGCCACUUCUCCUCCUAUCACUUGUUCCCAGGGAGAAGAACUCUUUUGGAGAGUCCUGCUGCUACUGAUGCUUGACAGAUACCUGUGAGGUUUUGAUGGGAGAGAAAAUAAGUUCUUGUGGACUCUAAUCAGACCCUAGAUCAGCCCCAGAGGCAGAUAUUCCCCACAUGGAACAAAUGUGAGCUACCUGCCUGGAACCCCUGGUUUGGGCUAUGGGAAAAAUGGUGCUCAUAGGAUGCCCCUCCUGUGCCCUGGAGAAAUCCAAGCUGCUGUCUUUUAAUCUGCUCUCUGAGGGAGGUUUAGAGAAGAUGAUGCCUGUUUGAUGCCUGUUUUGUUUAAAAUGAUGAUAAAAUGAGGCAAUUUUAGCUUGGAAGGUGUGUGGAGCAAAACUGGGCUCCCACUGGAGUCAUCACACUGCUUCUCUGCACACUGAGGGCCAGAGGGGAGGCAAAGCACCUCUGGAAAGGUCACACUUCCGCUUCAGCUUCUCCAGGCUCGUGGAGCUGUGCAGCCACCACCUUUAACAUCCCACUUCUCUCACUAGAAAUUUCUGAUGCUGAAAAAAACAGAAAAAGUAGUAAGAGGAGUCCUUGCCCUUCAGCUCUUCAGGAAAGGAGAUGCAAGCAAUGAGCAAGCGGAGCACAGGUGGCUGCUGUAAGAGCAGGAGGAUAGAUGCUGGCAGGGGAGGCCAUGAAGCUGCUUUGAAAGAGCAGAGUAGGCAGAGCACAUUGGCUGCAGCUGAAGCGUGGGGUUGUGACUCACAGCUACAGAGCUGGGCAGGGCUGUGGUGAGCUCUGCGCUGCUGAAGAGCACAACUCUGGGAGGCGUUUGCACCCUCCACAGGUCAGGAGCUCCUGUCACAUCCUGCCAGCUGCUGACUUCCAGCUACAGCCUUCAGCCUGUGCCCAUGAGGCUGCCAAGAGCAGAUGUGUGCCUGGCACUGAGAGAGAAGGAAAGGCAAUGGCAGAGCCCCAGGGAAUAAACAUCUCUGGAGCAGGUGAGAAACAUGGAAUUGUAAAGGUGGGAAAAGCCCUCUAGGAUCCAGUCCAGCCAUUAAACUAAGACUAGUCUGUCUCCAGCUGCCCUGCCCACAGGUUUCUUGAACACCUCCCGGGAUGGGGACUCCACCAGCUGCCUGGGCAGCCUGUUCCAGUACCUGACCACUUGAGCAGCAAAGAAAUUUUUUCCUCAUGCCCUGUCACAAUUUCAGGCCAUUUCCUGAUACUAAGGAGGAUACAAAACUGAGCCUAGUGCUGAGUAGAGGGAAGGAAUGAAGUGUGCCCAGUGUAGUGUGUAGGGGAAGUUAAAAGGUGAGGAGUGACAUCAAACCCAUGGGGUGCAACAAGCUAGGCCAGAAAUUACUUGUGCUUGCCAAGUGGUGUCUCUGUGUGUGGGGCCUGGGUUUGGUGCUGGCUUUGUGCAACUCUGUGCAGUUCUGUUAUGUGGUGUUGAUUUUGUUAAAGCAAUUGUAGUUCCUUCCCA